AAUUUACCCACAGCAUCCAGUUCAGGAGCUCCUGCCUUCUACUUCCUGGUAUGGGAGGGAGCACGAUGAUGCUGCCUCCUCAUUGGUGGAUGCCUCCUGUGACCAUAAUUAGGUCACAGAAGGCUGGUAGGCGGGGAAUCUGAACUGGAUGUUAGAUUUUUUACCUCAGCACAAGAUGGAGGACGCAGUUUCCAUAUCUGCUACAGACUCCAUUGUGCUGUCUCCUGAGAUUCGGUCUGUUCCUUCUAGAACAGCCUAAAACACCUCAGGAAUUAUUUUUCUUCCUCUGAGGAGGAGGUUCAGGCACAAAAGCCAGAGUUUAAGAGAAGGAGGACUGAGGGCAGAAUGAUAUCCUCUUCUUCUGGGGACUCUCCCCCUGACAACCCUGAGAGGGGCAGUAAGCAUGCUGUUAAGGGGGUUUCCUCUACUAAAAAAAACACACAAACAUGUCUCUGCUCCGUUUGGAGGCAAGAAUAAGAGACUUACACAGGGCAGCUCUUCAGCCAAAGGGGCCCGUUUGGGUAGCUCUAGCUGCACCUGCUCACCUGCUGGGAGGUCAGUAUCCGCAGGCAUUAAUAUGUCAGAUGACGAAACUUUGUUUCCCACGUCUCAGCUAGUUGACUGGGAGUCUGAGGAAGUUAACCUUUCAUAUACCUCUGGAGACAAAGGAGAGUGUAGUCAUUUGCAAAUGACGAGAGUUAAUUUGCAGGGCAGACAACCUCCAGCUAAGCUCACAGCUAAACGUUGGUGCAUUGAUAAAGACACUGAAGUGUACAAUUUCCUGCACUUAGGUUUUAGAACACCUUUAGUCAGGGAGGAUGAGCUUAUACUCCGAUCACAUGUUGGUAUACCUGAUAUGUCACAGCUUGUGGCACCAGAGUUAGACCCUGCAUUGAUCUCUAUUUUGGGUAACCAGGCACUUAAGGCUGACAUAAUGGAUCAAUCUUUGCGUAACAUACAGUUUAAGAUCGCUGAUGCAAUUGGUCCACUAGUCCUGAUGCUAGUAAAGGCAGAACAGGAAGGUCCGGACACCGAACACCUUCCUAGAACCACACUCCUGGCCUCUAGGAUUGCUAUGCUUCAGGCAAUAUCCAGGGCAUCCUUAAUUAUUGGGCAGACCUUUAACCAUGUUACCAACAUCAGGAGGGCACGCCUCCUUAAGUCAGCAGGGUUGGCUGAUCUGGCUCCAAAGUCUUCAGAGUGUCCCAAUACUUCUACUCCUCACCUCUUUGGCCCGGAUUUCAUUCAAGAGGUUAAAUCCCGUUAUAAGGCCAAGAAAUCCUUUGCGGACAUUAAACCUACUAAGAGAUUUUCCGCUAAACCCUUUCGAAAGGAGGGAUGGUUUUCCAGAGCCCAGGAGUCGUCCCGGGUUGGACAGGGCUCACAUCAGUCGACCUUUAAGAACAGGUCCCACUUUCCCUCCAAGGGAAAUUUCUCCAAGAAGAAACCAGGCUGGAAUCAGCAAACAAGGAAGGACACAACUCACCAGCCUAAAAACAAGGAGAAUUAAGGAACAGAUGUUUCGAGUAUAUUGACGUUAAUCAUAACAGACUCUCUACGAAAUAAAUGAGUGCGGUUUUUGGACAGUUCCAUUAUCUGCAAACACAUGAUCCUUAGGUUUUUUGGAAACCACAAAGUUAUGCUUAGCUCCUUCCUAGUUAUAGUUCUGGACAAAACAUGGAAUACUUUUCCAAUAAAGGAGUUUAUUGUUCA